AUGAAUUCUGACUCCAGCUCUGUCUCCAGCAGAGCUUCCUCGCCAGACAUGGAUGAGAUGUACCUGAGAGAUCACCAUCACCACCAUCACCACCACCACCAUCAGGACAACCGGCUCAACUCGGUCUCCUCCACUCAGGGCGACCUGGUGCAGAAGAUGUCCGGGGAAGGCCUUUCCAGAAACGGCUCCAAGGCCGGAGGGGAAGGCAGCAAAUACAAAAUCAAGAAGCAGCUCUCGGAGCAGGACCUGCAGCAGCUCAGGCUAAAGAUCAACGGGCGAGAGCGCAAAAGGAUGCACGACCUGAACCUGGCCAUGGAUGGGCUGAGGGAGGUGAUGCCCUACGCUCAUGGACCUUCGGUGAGGAAACUCUCCAAAAUCGCUACCCUCCUGCUGGCCAGAAACUACAUCCUGAUGCUCACCAGCUCCCUGGAGGAGAUGAAGAGGCUGGUGGGUGAAAUCUAUGGAGGACACCACUCCGCCUUUCACUGCGGAACAGUGGGACACUCAGGCGGGCACCCGGCCCACGCAGCUAGCACGGUCCACCAGGUCCACCCCAUCCUUGGCAGUGCCUUGUCUUCAGCCAACACCUCCUCCCCGCUGUCCGCCUCCCUACCAGGGAUUGGCACGAUCAGGCCCCCUCACUCUUUACUCAAGACUCCUUCUGCUCCUCCGGCCCUCCAGCUUGGCAGUGGCUUCCAGCACUGGGCGGGUUUGCCUUGCCCUUGCACUAUCUGUCAAAUGCCUCCUCCGCCACACCUGUCUGCCCUCACCACAGCCAACAUGAGCAGGAUCUCUGCAGAAUCCAAGGACUUACUGAAGUGACACUGAAAGCUCCAGAGCCUCUUUAGCUAUAUCAGAGAUCACCCUUUCAAACAAGUUCUGUUAGGUGAUGCUGCAGGAAGAGUCCACACAAGAAGUCCUGCGUUCGCAUGCAUGCUUCUUUUCCUUUGCUGAACUCCAGUGUGUUUCCUCCCACUGACAUCCGAGCUUGUCAAAACUGCAUUUGUGGUAACA